UUCUCUAUGUCUCUAUGCAAUACCACAACAUAAACUCUCUUCACUCACAAAAUUAUUUCUUCUUCUAAGGUUUUCUUCAUUCAAGAAUAUCACUAUGAUUAAUGUUCGCCUUCCUAUUCUUGUCUCUUUGGUCUUUUUCCUUGUCUUUAUUUCGUCGUCCCUCUUGUUUGCUACACCUAGUUUUGCUGCUAGAGUAGGUCACUCUCUGGUGCACAAAGAGGUCACAAAGAUUCCAGAAUAUAAAGAGCCUGACGAGCCGGAGAUUCCAGAAGAGCAUGAGUUGCCGUUGCCAGAGGAGCCUGAGAUUCCAGAAGAACCAGAGAUUCCGGAAGAGCCUGAGGUUCCUGAGGAGCCUGAAGAGCCCGAGGAACCAGAGGAGCCAGAAGGGCCAACAUUUGAAUUUCCGUCAUGGAUUCCGAGCUUUCCUUUUCCUGGUAAUAGUGGUGGUUAUCCAAAUACUGAAAAGACAAAACCUACAUCAACUGUUGAAGAGGUUAGCGGUUCGAACAAGAAGCCAUAGAUCAAUGGAUAAAGAAUGUAAAAAGGGUUGUUGACUACUCUUCCUCUUGAUUAAUAGUUAUGUAUGUAUAAGUACUAUGCAAUAACAUGAGAGUUUCGUUUGUGUUUAAUAAGUAAUCAACGAUGAGUGAGUAGUUUAUGUAUUAGAGUUUCAUGUCAUGUGUUAGAGUCUCUAACGUACGCUUCUUGAUAUAGUCUUGUACUGAUUCUCUCUUGUAACAUGUAUGUCUCUUUGUGGUACUUACAUUGAACAGCCUCAAUGUUAUAUAAGAGAAAAUUAAAUUAUUGAGGCUGUAAUGUAAUGUGUCAAUUACUCGUCAUAUCGUUUUUCUACA